AUGAAGAAGCGCGCUGCAGAUGACGGCCCAGAGGGGCCACACCCGAAACGCAUGGCGACUGCCCUGGACGCCGCGGCGCGCACAGCGGUGAAGGCGAUAGAAGCCGGCCGCAUGCCGUCGGAAUUUGACCGCCCUGUCGUCCUCUCGCUGCUGAUGCGCGCCCUUGCGGCGCCGGGCGCCUCGGCAGCUGCGGUGGAAGGCGCGUCCGGCGCGCUCGUCCUGCUGCUGCAAUCUGAGGAUGACGGCGCCGCCGCCGCGGCCGAGCUGCUCGCAGCAGGCUCGCUGCACGCGCUUGCGGGCGCCCUGGGCGCUGCCGGGCGCGCCCCGGGCGCGGCUGUGCGGGUGCUCGGGGGCCUCCUGAUGGCGGCUGGCGACAUCAGCGCACGUGUUGCCAUGGUCAGGCGGAUGGCAGACACUGAUGGCAUGCUGAGCGGCCUGGUGGCCACCCUCCCAAACGAGGACGACCCUGAACCAGCCGAGUGCCGCACGCUGACAGCAUCCAUCCUCAGCAUGCUCGCGAUGCCCGAGGGCGCCGCCGCCCGUAUCGCCGCCCUCCCCGGCGCCGCCGCCACCCUCGCAACGGCGGCGCUCUCAGAACACGCAGCGGGCGCCCGCCUGCACCCGUUAGUCACGGUGCUGGUGCAGAUUACAGGCGAGGGGGCAGCGCGGGCGUGGGCGCCGGCGGCCAUGAAUCGUGUGAUUGACGUCAUGGCUCUCGCGGCAGAUGACGCCGAAUCGGCGGGGCUGGCAAUGAUAACGCUGCAGCGGCUCGCACUCGCCGGCGGCGCGGCCGCGCGGCGCAUCGCCGCACACCCGGCCGCCAUGCGCGCGAUGGCAAAUGCGGCCGCCGGCGCCGCGGACACAGUUGCGCGUGGCGCGGCCGAGGCUGCGCUGCACGCCGUCACGAGUUCCUGCGCCGAGGCAAAAGCUGCCGUGGCAUCGGCGCUCGCGGCGUUGCUGGUGGCGAAUGACGCCGCGUCCCGCGACCGUGCACGCGCGCUGUUGCAGGGUGCGCCGCUGUCGCUGCCGCCGCUGGCGGUCGCCGCGCUGGGCCUCGCGGCCGGCGAGGUGGCGGCGCUGAAGGCAGAGGUGGAGGCGCUGCAGUCAAUCCCGGUCAACACGCGCGCGGCGAUCGUGGAACUCGCGGCGGCUGUGAGGGGCAGGCCUGGGUAG